AAUGACAGAAUUGACAAAAAAAAAAGACUGGGCUUCAGCUUGUAAUAGUGAAAAUAGCUGCUCACCAGAAUAUAUCAAGAUUAUAUUUAAGCAACAAUAUGAUAUUGUUCAAAUUUGUAUUGAACAAAGAUUAGCAAGAGCCCCACUUUUAACCAAAAAAGUUCGAAUAGAUUAUAGUAAUGGUCGUAAUUCUACUCAUCAGCUCAAUGAUAAAAUAUAUCAAAAGUGUUUUCUCCUGCCCAGAGAAGUUGGUAAAGGAAAUGAGUGGAUAAAAGUUACAACAAUCAAAGGCUAUGGAUCAGCAAAGAGAGGUCUUGGCAGUGUUAUGGCUUACGCUUACAGUGAAAACUCCCAUUGCAAUAUACCAAAUUAUAAUAUCGAUGAUUGCAAAAAAGCUCUCGACUAUGAUUCCAGUUUAAGUCAUGAUGCUGAUUGGUCAGCCCCUUGCCAGAAGAGUGACUGCUAUGCCGAUGUUUAUGAGCUAACCUUUCCCAGUGGUGUUAAACCCAAGAUUAUUUGCUUAGCUGGCAGAGAGGUGGGAGGUGUUACAUUAGUUACUGAAAUGAAAGUUGAGUGGAGUUCAAGUUUCCAACAAACCUUUCAAUUUCCCACAUCUAGACUUCGAAGAUGUUUUGAAUACUCCAGUAAUUUCGUGGAAACAGGUUUGAAAUUGUGGUCCACAAAAUUUCAUGACACCAAUGGACAUCAUAUGGGAUAUGCUUACAUUCAGGUCUACAUAGAAACUAUUCCUCAAAAAGAUUUUGACAUUGAAACAAAUGAUGAACUUAUUUAUCACUUUCCUCCAUCCUACACUUCAAGUAUCAUAGAAUUGAAUUUUGGUGUGCAAAUUGUUAAGAAUAGUGACAGUAAAUCUCAUGCUUUCAUUAUUAACUUUUUAAAUAAAACCGGAAAUUCAAAACUCAAGAUAACAAUGGAUAUUGGAAAUGAUAUUGAUAAUACUAGAAAGACUACUUUUAUUAUAGAAGAUCGUAUAGUAAAUGAAAUAACAACUCAAAACAACUCUAAUCAUCUUUUAUCUUUGGACAGUUGGACAGAUUUUUCUGUUGUUUUCUCCAAAAAUUAUAUACAAUUUGGCCGACUAAAAUUGAAUGUUUCUGAGAUUAUUUACAAAAUUAAUCAUUCUUUUGUAGAUAAAGUUACUACAUUGGGAGUAAAUAACAAAGAAGGGUCCAAAUUCUCUAAAUUUAGAGUCAAUAAUUACAAAUUUGGCCUAUUUAAUUUGGAUAUAAAUGCUCUCUAUUUGGCUGAUUGCAAGAAACCAACGUUAAACAAUUUAAAUGACUUUAAUAUUUUGACUUGUACAGCUAUUGAUACAAUUCCAUACACUGUGGGAAUAACUAAACAUAAUAACUUUGGAAGGAUAAAACAAUUUGCUGAAGUGGUUUUAAAGCAUACUGUUGAAGCUAAGCAACUGAUAAAUAUUUACUUUUUACUCACGAAAACUGGUAGUAAAAAUUCAAAAGUUUGCCCACUUUCAAAUGUUACCCCUUUAAAUGGACAAGAAAGUUUAUGGACAUAUAAGUAUGAUUGCACUCAAAAUGAAGAACUGGUAGGAAAGAUGGUAAUUAAUAUCUUGCCAUCACAUUCAAGUCCAUUGGUGGAAAUAUGUGAAGUGUAUUUGUAGAUAUCAAAUCCAGAUUUUAUAUAUAUUGCACUGUAACAAUCACAUUUUACAAGAGAUUUCUUCAUGUUAUUCUUUUACACUCUAUAGCUUUCACUUAUGCUUGAAAAUGCUUGAAACUAUUAUAGGCCAAAUACAUAGGGAGCAGGUGAAACCGUACCCAUUGUUAAUUUAAUAUACU